GGCCUGUGGCCCCUCCUGAUAAACUGAUCCGAUGUUUGUUUUCCAAGAAGCCGAUCCAAGAGAGAGAAUUUGUACGUUCGUUCGUUCAAUCAGUAAAGCCUCAAUCUUCGCUCAAUCGCUUGUCCGCCAAAUCGAAGCCUGCUCGUCGGCCGUCGCCUGCUGGGCGCUGGCUGCUGCGGACCUGCCGCCUGCGGUGCUGCUACGUGCUAACUGUUGUUCUGCUGCUUCUGCACGAUUGCAUAGCUGCAAUUCUGCUGCAAUCCCCAAUUGAUUCCCCAUCCUCAGAUACAUUUAGGAAAACUUACGAGGAGUGUGUGAACCCUUUGCCAAGUCCAUCUGAGUGGCAAAUCCCCGAUGAUUUCAUGAUUGUGAAGCCACCCAUAAUGGAGAGACAUCAUUCGGGUAGGCCAAGAAACAUUGGUUGUAUUAUGUCGCAAGGUGGGUGCCCCAUAUGACACGAAUGUUCUACAUGCGGUCAAUUUGGACACACGAGGAACGAUUGUACGAGUAGGGGUUCGAGGAGCGGAUCUGGGGGGAGGAAAAAAUUGACACAAAAGGGGAUAAUGAUUGAUGAAUUGGCUUUCGGAAGCGGGUUACAGAACGAAAGCGUGUACCGUGCUUUUGAUUUCGAUAGUACAUUUGAUUUAAAUUGUCCUUAGAUUAAUGUAGGAAAGUAAUGAAUUCCUGCAUUUGUAAUUUGUAUUGCAUGUAUUAAACUGCACUUUUGAGAUUAUUAAUUAAAUCUAGUACCCCACUUAUUAUCUACUUUAUUCCAUGAAAAAUAAAACACAAACAUAAAACAUUAUAGAAAACGAGAUACACCAAUAGCAAACAUUACAUAAGACAUUUCACAUGAAAGAGCCUUCUACAUGAAAUAUUUGUUAUUUUUAACUAGAAUCCAUGCAUCCUCAUACUCGAAGUCACUUCCCUCUUACUCAAAAAUAGAAUGAUCAUUUACAAUUUCUAAAAUAUCUUCCUCGUGUUUGAAAUAAUUAUUACUAUUUUUAAGAUGAUGAUAUCAUCGAUUAAACCAUGUGAUUUUUUCCUUUAAAUCCAUCCACUUACCAACAAUAUUUGCUUGAACCCGGUGUCUUCCUACUCCCAACUAGAGGUUAAACAUAGAUGUUAUGCGGGUCCAUUUAUCACCUUCAAAGCAAUCAGGGCUAACCAUGGUUGUUACACCCUCGUAAACAUUCAUCAAACAUCGUAUUACGACCAUCACCUCUCUUAUCAUCCAUGGACGUAGAGUAUUUGACGGAGCAGUUGCAUUGGAAUAAUUUUUUUGAUUGGAGGACAUUUUUGAAUUUUGUCGCUAGUUUGUUUAAUAUUAAAGGAGUACUUAAAUAAGAAAAAGAACUGACAAACAAUUAUGUGGAUUCCCAGAAAUAUUGUUUGAAAUGACAAUGCUACAGUUCAAAAUGACAAUACAUUAUGCAGGCUACAAAGUAGUAGUCAAAGUCUAUGAAACCGUAGUCAAAUAAUGUCAAAGAGUAGAUCAAUUGUUAGAUAUCUUACACAGAAAUAUUGUUUGAAAUGACCAAUCUAUUGUUCGAAAUGACAGUACAUUAUGCAGGCUAGAAAGUAGUAGUCAAAGUCUAAGAAACCGUAGUCAAAUAAUGUCAAAGAGUAGUCCAAUUGUCAAAUACCUUAUACAGAAAUAUUGUUUGAAAUGACAAAUCUACUGUUUGAAAUGACAAUACAAUAUGCAGGCUACAAAGUAGUAGUCAAAGUCUAUGAAACAGUAGUCAAAUUGUGACAUCCCCAUUUUUCACGGCCAGAAAAGACCGAUUUGUUUAUUCUUUGUUUUAAAACCAGAGUAAUCUUUUAAAGAAGACAGUUGCGGAAUUUGUUCCCAAAAAAAUUUUGAUAAAACUUUAUCAAAACAUUUCUCAAAGAGAAUGUACUUUUCAUUAAAUAAUAAAACAUUGGGAUGUCAUGUUCCGAUACUGACCAAAAAGCAUAAACAGUACAAUUUAACCUUACAUCAGUUAUUUACAACUACUGGUCUAUUAUCCAAAAUCUCUCGUCAAAUCAACCAACUUAUACUCUUGUGUCAUUACCUUUAAUGCAAAGAAAACUGAGUGGGUCGGGCUUGGGAGCCUGGUAAACCUAGGGAAAAGGAAUUGAUUCCUUUUCUCUUGUUUGGUUAGUACAAAAAAUAGGAAAUUGAGAAAUAAAUCAAUUCCUUUUCCAUCAAGAUAAUUCUCUAUUUUUAAGAGGGAAAAGGGUAGAAAAUAAAAAAGGCAUCGAUCGAGAAUUGGAAAAAAUAAAAGCGGAGAUUUCAGUUUACCCCAAUUCGAACCCCAUUGAGAACAUCGAUCCGAUUUUUUUACUUGAUUUCUCAUGCAAUCGCUCAUUCGCACCACGUCCUCGUAUCGUUUGCCCUACAAACAGUGGUACAUCGAGCGGAUCAUCAUUCACGACUUCAAUUUGUUGUCGAUUUUCACUGUUGCUCGAUUGGAAGAAAGACGACUUCACUUCUUUGUCGAUUUUAUCACCAACCUCCUCCAAUUAAAGAUGACACGAACACCUUUGCAACAACGGAUUGUACGAAAUAGAAAAAAUGUUAUGACAUCCGCCGUGAAAGCAUUUUAUGCAAUAUAUGUUAUGAUUCGUUGGUGGAUGAUGUAUGAUUUUGCUAUGAACCGUUUAGAAAAAGCUACAAUAUUACGGGAAAAAUAUUUAAUGAGUUACCAUAAUGGACGUGAUAGUAUUCAUGAUAUGGUUUAUAAAAGUGAUAAAACAAGUGGGGUUAACAUAAGAAUGAAUAGAAAUGCAUUUACAAGACUAUGUGACAUGCGUGAACAAAGAGGAGGGUUGAAAAAUAGCAAAAACAUGUUAGUUGACGAGCAAGUUGCUAUGUUCUUACAUGUACUUGCACAUAACGAGAAAAAUAUGAUUAUAGUAGAAAGAUUCAAAAGGUCAGGUGAAACUGUAAGUCGAUAUUUCAAGUUAGUCUUAGAUGCAGUAUGCCGAUUACAUAAACAGUUCUACAAGAAACCCGUGCCAAUACCCGAUGAUGAAACCGACGAGAGGUGGAGGUGGUUUAAGGGUUGCUUAGGAGCAUUAGAUGGAACAUAUAUCAAAGUUAAAGUCCUUGCAGCGAAUAGAAAACCUUAUCGAACACGUAAGGGUGAGAUUUGUACUAAUGUACUGGGAGUGUGUUCGAGAGAUCUUCAAUUCAUAUAUGUACUAGCGGGAUGGGAGGGUUCCGCAACAGAUAGUCGCGUACUCCGAGAUGCUAUUAGUAGACCCCAUGGUCUUAAAAUACCUCAUGGAACAUACUACCUUUGUGAUGUGGGUUAUACAAAUGUUGAAGGUUUUUUAACACCUUAUCGUGGACAACGUUACCAUCUUAAUGAUUGGUUUCGACCACCUACAAAUGCUAAAGAGUUAUAUAACAUGAGACACUCAUCAGCAAGGAACGUAAUAGAACGAUGUUUUGGAUUGAUCAAAUCUAGAUGGGCUAUUUUACGUGAUAAUGCAUACCAUCCAAUAGAAUCUAUGCCAUGCAUAAUCAUUGCAUGUUGUUUGAUGCAUAAUUUCAUACGUACAACCAUGACCGAGGACCCCCUUGAUCAAGAAAUCCUUGCAAAUCAUACACAAUUUGGAGACAAACAUGACAACAUUAUUCCAACCGUAGAGACAUCGCAAGGAUGGACUGACUGUCGAGAUCUUCUUGCUAAUACUAUGUUUACUGAUUGGAGUGCAACGCGUGCCAACAAUUAAUUUAUUCCAUGUUUUUAUGUAAACUUCAUUAUUCUUUAUGUGGUGUUGAUAUUAUGUUUAAUGAUUGAACAACUCUAUUAUUAUUUAA